GACGUCGUGACGGUUAAGAGACAAUUACAAAUGUUGGAAUCUAACUGAGGGGGAGGUUGCGGAGUGAAAGAGAGAGAUGUCGCUGGUGGACUAUGCUUCUUCCUCAGACGACGACGUAUCGGAACCCGAAGCUGAACAACAACACGACAACGUACAGCCACAAAUCUCCAAACAGCAACCUUCUCCUCCUCCCCCUCGUCCUAAUCUCCGAUCGGAGUCAUCUUCUUCGUCGAAUAAUGAGCCAGAAAUUGCCGCAACUUUGUCGUUACCACCGCCUUUCGAAUCUUUCGAGAAACUUCCAGAUGCUUCAAUGCUCUUGAAUUCAACCACGAUCUCACUGGUUAGUGGAAACGACCAUGCAUCACGCGUUGCAGCUGCAAUGGCUGAAAGUGCAACCCGCAAGAGAGACGCUAAUGGCUUGUCUUCCACUUUACCUCGCCGUAAAAUCCCCAAAGGGACCUUGCCUCAUUCCAAGAAUGUCCUCGACACUGCCGGUGGUUCGCUACUGCCACCUCAGCUCAGCGGCAGGAGCAAUAUUGUGACGGAAGAUAUAAGCAAGCUGUUUGUUAGAAGACAGGAGGAACCUUCUUCUCAGUAGAGGACUUCUAAAUUAGUGAAAAUAUGCUUAAAUUGGGCAUUGAUAGGAGGAUAGAAUUUAAAUCUUCUUGACCCAAGGAUAAAGGGCCACUGUCUUCUCAGGUUGAAACUUGAAAAUGUCUUUAUCGGAACAUGGGCAAACAAGGUCCUCAACCAUGAGAGAGGAUGUUUCACAUUCUUUACUGCUAUGCUAAAAUUAUCUUAUUUCUUGCCUUUUUUAUCAUUCGGGCUGUUGCAUAAUAUAUUUUGGGUAAUGUAGGAAGCAAAACAAUGAGUUGCAGAACAUGUCAACGGCCUGAGUGUCACUGCCUUAAGACUCCCUUGUGCAGCGGCAGACAGACAAUGUUUGCCCAAGUCCCAGCAAUUGCAAGGAAUAUGUACCGCCAUUACCACCUGUCAUGAAGUUGGCUAAGUUGGAGAAUGAAGCAAUUUCUAAAACUCAAACCAAGUCUGUCUAGUUAAGAAUAUGCAUCAUGUACCACUAAGUCACAAUUCUAUUUGAUUGAAUAUUGUUCUAAUAUAUAUUUAAUCUGUCACCGGUA